AUGAGUUCAACUAUUGUAAAUAAAAUGGAAGAAGCUAUGAAUUAUUUAUAUUAGAUAUUAGCAUCAUAAUCAGAAGUAUAAUUACCUAAGAAUUACAAUUAAUAAACUAACAUAUGCUCAACGAUCAUAGUUUUUUAAAGAUAUGUUUCUAAUACUUAAACAAUAUUUUUAUAUGGAUAUGAUUCCAAUUCAUUAAUUAUUAUCAAACAACAACACUAUAAAUUAGACGAGUUUAUUGUAAAUGUUCCUUAAUAUUUCAUAAGAGUUUAACAAUUUUUGUCCUCAAUCCUUAUUCAAUAUUAAUAGGUUUGUAUUCAUUUCAUAAAUUAUGCUUCAUUAAAUGAAUGUGAUAGCAUUUAAAUAAAAUAAGAGGCUUAUAAUUUACUUGAAGUGCCUUAUCCUUAAAGUAAAAUAAUAGUAUGGAUAGAAUAUUAAAAAAAUCUACAAUUUCCAAAUGAUUGCCUUUAAAUAAAAUUUCCUGACAAUUAAUUGGCAUUAUUAAAAAUUUAGAGUAAUUUGAUCAAGAAUUAUGAGAUGUAUGAAGAGUUUACUAUAAAAUAAAUUACUCAAAUUUAAGGAAUUCAUAAAUAGUUUAAGUAAAAAAUAGAAUUAUGUGAAAAAUAAGUAGUAACUUUUAAUUUUCUGAAUUUAAUUAAAUCUAUUACUUUAUUAUAAGAUAUGCCUGAUUAAAUAUAGUAUUAGGCAUAAUUAUUAAUGAAUUUACCUAGUUAUACUGGUUAAGAUGUAAUGAUAAUGAUAGCAAAACUUAAAUUGUAUAAAUAGAAUGCAAUUUUAAGUAAAGUUAUAAACUAAUAAAAUUUAAANACUAAAUAUAACACUAAAAUGUGA